CCACGACGCAAGACUAAUUUUACAGGUGCGAUACAGCCGCGAAGCACAGAUAUCCCCGGACAAUCAAGCAGCAAAAUCGCCUCUCUCACACACAUCCAUUGCAUACAUCCGGGUGCUGCUCCCAAUGCGCAGACUCUUUUGUACUGCGUUUCCGUGUUAGGUAGGGGAGAAGAGAAGUGCUCACUCCGACAGAGUAGUGACAGUCGUGGAUCUCGAAUCACUCCAACACCGGGAGGUAGCCUAACAAAAAUAUAAAAUAUCUAAAGAAGUCCUCCUCGUGCGGAACCAGAGAGGGGUCGACCACCUUUUGGUCUGGAUACUACAACACAUUGUCGACAUGUGAGAUUUACGGAAUAAAAAAGAGCGGUGUGCGUAUGUGACUGCUUCCCCUGGUCUGUCUGGAAAUUUGGUGGUGCGGAUUUAUUGUAAUUAAACCCCAAAGGAAAAUGAAGAAGUUUAACUUCAGGAAAGUAUUGGACGGACUGACAAUGGUCUCCUCCUCCUCUUCUUCCCCCGCAUCUCCGCAACCUGGAAACAGGGUGAAUGAUGUGAUUCGGGAGACCCUCCAGUCCGAGCAUUUCCAGCUCUGCAAGACGGUCCGUCAUGGUUUCCCAUACCAGCCUUCCUCAAUGGCUUUUGACCCUGUACAGAAGAUUUUGGCAGUCGGGACUCAGACUGGAGCACUAAGAAUAUUUGGCCGUCCAGGGGUGGAAUGUUACUGCCAACACGAGAGCGGUGCAGCAGUUAUCCAGCUCCAGUUCCUCAUCAACGAGGGGGCACUGGUGAGCGCUUUGGCAGAUGACAGCAUUCACCUCUGGAACCUAAGGCAAAAGCAACCGGCUAUUCUGCAUUCCCUCAAAUUCAACAGAGAGAGGAUAACGUUUUGUCACCUGCCUUUCCAGAGUAAAUGGCUGUAUGUCGGAUCAGAGAGGGGUAACAUUCACAUUGUGAAUGUGGAGUCCUUUUCCCUCUCAGGCUACGUCAUCAUGUGGAACAAAGCCAUUGAACUGUCCUCGAAGACCCACCCAGGGCCUGUGGUACACAUCAGUGAUAAUCCCAUGGAUGAAGGAAAGCUUAUGAUUGGAUUUGAGUGUGGGAUGGUGGUCUUGUGGGACCUGAAAUCAAAGAAAGCUGAUUACCGCUACAGCUACGAAGAGGCAAUCCACUCAUUAGCCUGGCACCACGAGGGGAAGCAGUUCUUCUGCAGCCACUCGGACGGAACCCUGACCAUGUGGAAUGUGAGAUCCCCCACCAGGCCUGCGCAGAUUAUCACCCCACAUGGUAAACAACCAAAGGAUGGGAAGAAGCCAGAGCCCUGCAAACCCAUCCUGAAAGUAGAAUACAAAACUACCAGAACCGGGGACCCAUUCAUAAUUCUGUCUGGAGGACUCUCCUACGACACAGUAGGGGGGAGGGCAUGUCUGACAGUAAUGCAUGGGAAAAGCACUGCUGUUCUAGAGAUGGACUACCCUAUUGUUGAAUUCCUGACUCUCUGUGAGACUCCGUAUCCAAGCGAUUUUCAGGAACCGUAUGCUGUUGUGGUUCUACUUGAAAAGGAUUUGGUAGUUAUUGACCUUGGACAAAUCGGCUACCCAGUAUUUGAGAGCCCAUACCCUUUGACUAUCCAUAAAUCUCCCGUAACUUGCUGUGAAUACUUCGCUGACUGUCCCUUGGAUCUUGUCCCUGCACUCUACUCUGUUGGCUCCAGACAGAAGCGUCAAGGCUAUAGUAAGAAGGAGUGGCCUAUAAGUGGAGGCAACUGGGGCCAAGAUGCACAAAACUAUCCUGAGAUUAUCAUUACUGGCCAUGCAGAUGGGUCAGUUAAGUUCUGGGAUGCCUCUGCCAUGAUGCUGCAGGUGCUGUAUAAGCUGAAGACAGCCAAGGUAUUUGAGAAGUGGCGUAGCAAAGAAGACAGGCCCAGUAUAGAAAGCCUGGACGAGGAUCCCUUUGCCAUCCAGAUCGUGUCCUGGUGCCCUGAGAGCCGGGUUCUGUGCGUGGCAGGAGUCUCUGCUCAUGUCAUUGUUUAUAGGUUCAGCAAACAAGAAGUGACCACUGAGGUGGUGCAGCUCCUGGAAGUAAGUCUACAGUAUGAACUGAAUGACAUGGAGUCUCCAGAGAUGUGUGGAGACCAAGGGACAAUGUCUUCCAUGCCACGGGAUGCUCCCAGCCCCCCACAUCCUAGUGACCCCCAGCUCCACCACUCCACCAGAUGCUCCCCUGACGGAGCCCAAGACGACACCUCUUGCCUCAAGGUACGAAGUUCACCACUGAAGCAGUCGCCAGGAUUCCAGGUGGAGCUGGUCAUUCAGUUGAUGCGGGUCAGUGGGGAACCGCCCCAACCAAUCACCAGCCUGGCUGUCAACUCCUCAUAUGGACUUGUGGUUUUUGGCAAUACUUGUGGCCUUGCAGUUAUUGACUACAUUCAGAAGACUGUCCUGUUAAACAUGGGAACACUUGAGCUUCUUAGGUCAAGUGAACCCAAUCACAGACAACCACGGUCCCCUCGAAAAUUGCGACAGCCAUCCACAGGUCUCUCUGAUAUUAAUGAAGGAUCCGCCUCCUCAGAUGACCGAUGCAAAUCGCCAAUAUCAGUGAAGAAAAAAAACUUCAGGUUUUCCAAGAUGAUAGUCAGUGACCUAGCUAAGGUGUCGCGGAAAUUAAGCUUGCCUACUGACCUAAAGCCAGACUUGGAUGUGAAGGAAAACUCCGUCAGCCAAUCAGGCAGUUCCAGUGUGGUCAGUAUCGACCGGGAGUCCCGUGAAGCCAUUACCUCCCUCCUCUUCAGUGAGGCGCCCAUGCCUGGCCUGUGGGUGGGCACCUCGCAGGGCACCGUGCUGUCUAUAUCCUUUAUCCUGCCAGCCCCAGGAGAGCAGAGACUUCUCCAGCCCAUCGUUGCAGCACCCAAUGGUACAUUGUUUAGACUGAAAGGCAGCAUCCAGAGGCUUGCCUUCCUGGACGGGACAGGGGCGCUCCUGCCGCCUGCCCAUGAGACCUGGUGGGAGCCCAAUAAACCCAAGGACCCUGAGGAGAGGGAGGAGCAACAGCAGCACGGCCCCCCCUCGGUUUCCCUCCCUCCCUCCUCCCGGGACACCAACAGCACCCACUUUGCCGUUUUCUGUUCGGAGAAGCAGGCCGAGGUUGUCGCCCUGCCCUCCCAGACCAGCCUUUCCAAACACACUGUGACCGAGGCCUCUUUCGCCCUGCGCGCCGACGUGGUCCAGCUGGACGGUGCCGUCUGCCUCGCCUGCUUCUGCGCCAAUGGGCACAUCACGGUGUUUAGUUUACCCAGUCUAAGGCCGCUGCUGGACGUCAGUUAUCUGCCACUGACUGACAUGCGCAUUGCCCGGACCUUCUGCUUCUCCAACAGUGGCCAGGCCCUGUAUAUGGCCUCUCCCACAGAGAUUCAGCGUAUCACAUACAGCCAUGAAAUGUGUGACAACCUGCAGGAAAUGCUUGGAGAGCUGUUCACGCCAGUGGAGACCCCAGAGGCUCCAAACAGGGGUUUCUUUAAGGGCCUCUUUGGCGGAGCAGCACAGACCAUGGACAGGGAAGACCUUUUUGGUGAGGUGUCAGCUGGAAAGGCCUCACGUAGCCUCGCCCAGCACAUCCCAGGGUCGGGUGGCAUUGAGGGCGUGAAGGGUUCGGCUUCAAAUGUGGUGGGCGAGUUGGCACAUGCCCGGAUAGCCCUGGAUGAGAGAGGGCAGAAGCUGAGCGAACUGGAGGAAAGGACGGCUGCCAUGAUGCACAGUGCAGACUCCUUCUCCAAACAUGCUCAUGACGUGAUGCUGAAGUAUAAGGACAAGAAGUGGUACCAGCUUUGACUCAGGCCCAAGAAGCCAGAGGGAGUUUGGUUUCAGGUGGUUUGGUUUUAAUUAUGUACACAGUUGUAUUUGGGAACUGCCAUGCCUUUCCACCUCGCUGACCUCUUUACAGGACCACAGAGAGGCAUUUUGUUGUACCCACCUCUCACCUCUGGCACCAUAUCACACCCUAUAUGACAUUGUAGCCUUCAGUCAUGUGACUUCAACUGAUGGGCAGGGUAAAACAGCACAAAUAAAUUGGUGGGAGGGAGGGUGGAGUUCCCUUGUUCUCUUUCUUCCCCUACGAUUUUACCUCCACUUUUCUAUUUCCCAGUGUCCAAAGACUGCUCUUGGAAGGGAAACUAGUAAAAGUCUGCUGGAGUCAAGGCCUGGAUGCCAUGAAUCUUCUGGCUGUUCACACAGCCUCAUCUCAUCUACUGUCACAGUCCCACCUGUCCUGGGGUCUAGAAAUUAAAAUGGAAAAAAAGGAUAGAAAAUAAAAAUCCAGAAAGCUAAUGAAUUCUGUAAACACAUUUAGUUCUGUUCGGUGUGAAAUGAGUUUCAAAAUAUUUUUUUCAAAAAAUGGAAUUGCAAAUACCAUUCCUUGUCUUUGAGAGAGAAGUGUGUGUCUAAUAGGAAGCAUUGAGCCUAAAAUCUUGUAAAGGCUACGUGUAUGUUUUAGGAUGAAUGAAACACAAAUGACUGGAACAAAUGACCCUGAUUGAGAGCGUUAUUUUUCUUCAAGCUUGAAUUUUUGUUCAGAAAAGUAGUGACUUCUCUUUGAAUGGGACACUGUUGUCUCUGGACGAUCUACUUCCUACAUUGUGGAGGAGCUAAGACUACUGAGAGUUGUAGUAAGGUUGUAUUACCUGUGGAGGGCAUAGCCCCCCAAACAAAAUAAAAUGAUCAGUCAGGUACUGCAGAAUGUACUACAUUCUCUCUUAUCUUGGUUGGAAUUUCAGGAAUGUUCUUUAUAUACGUAUCUGCGUGGAUAUAUGUAUGUAUGCAGGAAUGUUAUGUGCAUGCAAAUGAGCUUACAUGCAUAUAUUUAAACUUGUUGAGAUGUGUAUUUCCUUAAAAUUGUCUGUGUGGGGUUUAAUGCUUUCCUUUUCUUUUUGAAAAACCUAUCACGUGUAAGAAAAUGCUGCUAUUUGUGUUAUUUGUGAAAGCUUCAUCUUCAACAUGUGGUAUGUUUUUUAUUUUAAAAUGAAAGCCAAAGCUCAGUUUUUGCUCAGAAUUGCUGCCAAACUUGUAAAUUAUGUAAAUAGAGGAGAGUGGCUACUGGAGAUUGUGUGAAAGUCUAUCUGACUCUUCUCACCGAACUUGGAGAUCUAGAGAAAUAUGAGCGUCAUAUUCCAUAAGUGGCACAGGUCCGUUGUCAAGACCCGAAGAGUUAGCAUAUAUCCAAAGGUGGUAUUUUGGCCACAGAUUCUAACUGAACAACCAGAUACUACAUAUUCUUGAAGUCCAUCUCACUACCACUAAAGCCAAAAUAUUCCAUUUUCAUGAAUCGUCUGAAAGUUUAUCAAGAGUGCGACCAAGCACACUGUGGCAAUGGGCAUCCUGUACUGUAAUCUGUAUGUGAGUUUUAUGGAAACAUUCUUUAAUUUCUUACUUGUCGCAAGAAAUUAACAAAAAACAUAAAACCAAGCUGUGUUAGUGGCUUUUAGCAAAUCGCACACUUGACAAACAAAUCAUACCUUAUUGAAUAGUUCAGUUUAGUGACACAAAGUCUACAAAAACAUUUUUGGCAUUGCUUUCUUCAAGUGCAAACCUGAUUCUUGUGAUUUACAAUAUAUAAUAAAACAUUUUUCUUGCACAUGCGUACACAUACACACACACACACACACACACACACACACACACACAUUUAAAACUCCUAUUGUCACCUGAAAUCUCCUGUAGUUACAAAGCAGAGGACAGAAGAAGGAACACUUAAGUGUCUGGUGAGUUUAACAAAUCUGUUUAUAGUCACAGUGUGAGUUGGGCUGUGACAUUGGGCUUGUGAACUGCAGUAGUGUCAGAAGUUGGAUUUUUUUUUUCUGAAUGUAACUUUUUUUUUUACCUCAAUAAGUAUACCAGGGUACAAAUAUUCAAGUGCAAAAUUUUGUUAUUUGUACAUUUAAAGCGCUGUUGUUCAAAAAUUGUUUUACAAAAUAGAAUACUUGCUGUAGCAACAAUUCUUUUGAUUGCUCUCCUCUCACAAUUUAGAAAUACUUGUACAGUUUUAAUGGAAGGCAAGCACUGUACAAUUUAUUUUUAUAAAGUUUAAUUAUGAGCAUCUGAUUUUGAUCAGCACCAAAGUCUGAAUUAUUCGUGAGAUAAAUAAUUGCGUAUGCCAUAUCAUUGUCAGACUGUUAAGUAAUGCAUUUCCUUUUGAAAUUUGUCUUUUAAAAGGACCAAAAUGUAAAAAGGACAAAUUGUAUCUGUCUUACUUUUAUCGGUGUCUAUGGCAAGCCAUGGGUAUGGCCACCAGUUUGGCUCCUCUUGAUUUCUCACAUUGUACUUCAGUCCUCUGAUAGCUAGGGGUCAACAUCACCUCAUUGUCAAGUCCCUUCACAAACAAUUACCUAAUUUACACCACAUCAAUAAUCUAAAUUAAUAAAGUAAAUGCCACUAAUUACGCACAGAUGAUGAUUGACUGCGAUGUUACACUCACAUGUUACAUUCAGUUCAAUUACUUACACAGUAGAAAUGCUGUAGUAUUUAUAAAUGUAACAAAAAAGUUAAAUAAAAUAAGAAAUAAAUUCAUGAUUGAACUGAUUAACUAAUCAUGGUCUGCAAUCAAGACUUUAAGAAGAGUGAGGUGCAUUCGUGCUGGGCUACAACAAAACCCUGCAGCCACAGUGACCCUUUUUGGAUGAGUUUGGACACCCCUGCUUUAUAUGGAUGCAUUUUUCUUUUUACUGCAGUGGUACUUAAUCCUGGACCUGGAGAGCCACCGAGUCUGUGUCUGUGGUUUGUGGUUUUUCUUUAAGAUCAGCGAUCGAUUCAGACCCAGGAAACCAGAUGACCUGAGUUAACUUUGUAAUCAACUGCUUUAAUUGAUCAAUUUCUGUGCUCCUUAAGUUCAACAAAAGCCAGCAGACCCUGUGGCUCUCCAUGUCCAGGAGUGAGGAUACACCAUGUUUUUUGUAGCAUUUGAACUUCCAUUCAUGUUCACCAUCCUUCCUGACUAUUCCUAUAUUAGGUCAAUUAAUUUUUUUUACAGAUAUCCCAAUUAGAAACUUACGUGUACAAUUAGUCACUUGACCGUGCAGUUGGAGUGCCUAUGGCGACCCCUGGAGGAUAACCAUUGAAAAAGAAGUUUAAAUCCCUGCAGAUCACAUGGUGGAAACAAACUGGUGACCCUAGUCAUGGGGCAUGGUUACUCACUCAGUGUGAAAGUCAGUUUGUGAAAUGAUAAUGCAAUAUAUUUGUAUAUUUGCAAAGUAUACAGUUUAUAUUUCAGACAAAAAAAAUGUUUUAUGGUGUAAUCUGAGAUAAUGGAUAUUUGUUUCCUUAAAAAAGCUUAUAUAUUCUCCAUAUUCAAAAUUAACAGUGAUGUGUCUUAUUAGAGCUGUAUUGCUAUUGCAGAGGCACUGAUGCAGUGUAAAAGGGUCACGUGGAAGCUUUAUUCUUUUUCCAGAGGAAAUCAUUGUUAUUGAUGCUGGAAAUCUCCAUAGCCAUCCAUCUCUUCACCAGAUGAAUUUUAUAUUAGUCUCUACACAGAUGUGGACAAAUGCUAUUCUGUGCUUAAAAAUAAAGGCUUUGGCUUCCUUAGUUCCAUCCCUUAGAUGUUUACCUCUUUGUUUGAGCUAAACAAGCUACACAAGGCAUUAACUAUAGUUUCUUGGCAUUUGCACAACUUUUCUUAGUAUUAUUAGUUUACUGGAAGCCCCCUUUUCCAAAAAGGAAAGCUGGAAUGAGUGCCACUAUUAGUUGGCCAGACUGUCUAACUUGGGUUAGUAAGCAACCUUUGAGUCUGUAAUUUAAAUCCAAAAUCCAAUGCAAUUUAAAUCCAAUCAUUUAAAACUAAAUCAACCAUGUACCUCUGUCUUGGGGUAAAGUGACCAUGUUGAGAUAUUUUAUGCUAAUAUCACACGGGUAUAGUACUUCAUCUUCUUUCACAAUUAAGAACUACUGUAGACAUAUGACAUCCCAAUGGAGAAUAAAUAUAUAUUUCAGAAGAA